UAGAACAAUCCGACAGAAUUAUUCUCUCUCUCUAACAUAUUUAUUCGCUGUUUCUUCCUUACAAGGAAGACCGAUCACGGACAAAAUUUUGCAGAGACAUUAUAGACCAGAACAUUCAUGUUGCUUCAACUCCGGUUUUAGUUAGAGGAGGAAAUUAUUGAAAACCAGCUUGGAAAGAGACAGAGAAAUGGCUUCUGAUAGAGAAGAGUUUAACUUGUGUGGACCUUCACAUCUCACAACUGUUGAUUGGGCAAAUGAAGAUCACCAGCGUUGUGUAGCAGCUUGUUUGGUUCAAGGAAUAUAUAUAGUAGAGCGUGAUCGUCAGCUUAAUCGUGAAGGUUCUGAAGCUCUUGCACCUCCAUGGUGGGAAUCCUUCAACUUUAAAUUGAUCCGGCACCUUAAAGACGAUGCUGAUUUCUCAAUCUUUGGCGGUAUUUAUGAAUACAAAUCGUUACAGCCAGAUGUUGUGGAUUCUGGAGUUCCGCGGUAUGUUAUAGCGUUUAGAGGGACUUUGACUAAAGCGGAUUCGAUAACCCGUGAUAUCGAGUUGGAUAUCCAUAUUAUCCGGAAUGGGCUUCACCGAACAUCCCGUUUUGAGAUUGCUAUGCAAGCUGUGAGAAGUAUGGCUGAUUCUGUUGGGGCUUCAAGCUUUUGGCUAACAGGGCAUUCCCUGGGUGCAGCUAUGGCGCUCCUCGCUGGCAAAACAAUCGCAAAGACUGGAAUUUAUAUCAAAUCUUUGUUGUUUAACCCUCCAUAUGUGUCUCCCCCGAUCGAGAGGAUAGCAAACGAACGGGUUAGGCACGGGAUUAGAUUCGCGGGGAGCCUCAUCACAGCAGGACUAGCGCUCUCCAGAACUCUUAAACAAACACAGCAGCCGCAGCAACAGCAACUGCAACUACAAAACUUGACUGAAGAUCCGCUAGAGGCACUAUCUUUGUGGCUCCCUAACAUACAUGUAAAUCCAGGGGACCAUCUAUGUUCAGAGUAUAUCGGAUUUUUCGAGCACCGGGGAACAAUGGAACAGAUCGGGUAUGGAGCCGGAAUUGUAGAGAGGAUGGCGAUGCAGCAUUCCUUGGGAGGUUUGCUAAUGGAUGUUAUGGGAGUGAGCAAUGCAGUGGAAGUAGAAGAGCCGGUUCAUGUCAUCCCAUCUGCAAAUCUUAUAGUAAACAAGACCAAUUCCGAAGAUUACAAGGACGCUCAUGGAAUACACCAAUGGUGGAGAGAUGACCAAGAUUUGGUUUCCCACAUUUACAUGUACAAAUAGCUCUCAUUCUUUUGCUUUUUUCUCAUUACUAAGAUUUGGCUUGUUCAUACAUUUGUUUGUUGACAAAUUAAGAAAAUGAUUCUUUUAACUAUGUAAUAGUUUGUAUUAAUGAUAUUUACUUUCACAAUAAGAUCAAGGGGCCAAGAAGUUGUUGCAUGCGUGAGAAAGUUUAAGAAAA